AUGUGGCUGCAGCAGCGUCUGAAGGGCCUCCAGCCGCGUUUGAAGGGCCUGCCCAGCCUCCUCUCCAGCAGCUGGGCCCGCCGCCUCCUCAUCGGCCUCCUCCUCUUCCUCAUCUUCUCCUGGUACCUGGGAGGGGAUCGCAAAUGGCCCCUGCUGAGCCGAGGGGCCCUGCCUGGAGGGGCCCCUGGGCAGUGCAUCCUGUCAGAGGUCCACAGGUGGAAGUCUGUGGUGGAGAGAGGGGAGGGGGUCUACAGGUCGCCCCAGGAACCUCUGGAUACUCCCUUUGUCACAGGGAACGGCCACCUGCUGCUGGACCUGGACUCCAACAGGCUGUGGGUGUCUGGCUCGGCUCAGAGCGGCUCGGCCCCGGUGCAUCAGACCCUGUUCUCUCCGCGGGUGGGGGUCCGGGUGGAGGGGCAGAGGGCGGAGGCCAGGGCCAGUCUGCUGUGGUUCAAGAAGGGGGCCGUGCUGUCUGUGCGCUGUGUGUCCUGGGGCCCCAAGGACUGUGUCACUGUGAGGGAGGAGUUGAUGGCCCACCGUAGCCUGCCGCAUGUGUUCGUGCAGAGGCUCCACAUCCACAACCCCACAGAGCGCACAGCGACCGUGGAGCUGUCGCAGAGCGGCGGAGCACACUUCCUGAGCAGCGUGGAGCGUCUGGACAAAGACACGGAGGCGCUGCUGUGGUCGGGCCGCGUGCAGCUGGACCAGAGCCGCGUGCUGCUGGUGGUGGCGGCCUCUCGCAGACUGGGCUCUCACCUGCAGGUGGCGCCAAAGUCUGAGCAGCGUGAGCAGCUGCUGACGGUGGUGCACACCUCCGAGCCACUGGAGGCAGCGCACGCUGACGAGGCUCUGAGCGCGCUGCGAGAGGCCGCCAAGAAGGAGCUCCAGGAAGUGAUGCACAUCAGUGUGGACGAACUGGUCACACACCAUCAACAGGCCUGGAGCGACCUGUUCAUCUCAGGUGUAGAGAUGCAUGUGAUCACGGACGCACACACGCCCUCCAGCCGCACAGUGAACUCCACGCUUUACUACGUGCUGAGCGCGGCGGCGGCGCCGCUGCUGGACGUGCGUCUGCCGCAGGACGAGCGCUCGCGGUUAGAGUCCAGCGUGAGGUUCUCUGACCACUGCUUCAGCGGCCACGCCACCAUGCACGCAGACACGCUGUGGCCCGACAGGCUCAGCGGCGCCGCUCACAUCCUGCAGCUCGCCACGCUGUGGACGCUCACGCUGCAGAAACGCGGCUGUAAGGACCUGGUGAGCGCAGGCGCACAUGGUGUGGUGCAGGCCAUGGUGCUGAGCUUCGGAGGCCUGCAGUUCACGGAGCACCACCUGCAGUUCCAGGCCGACCCUGACGUCCUCCACAACAGCUACGCUCUGCGUGGGAUCCACUACCACAGCGCGGCGCUGAGCCUCGCCGUGCGGCUGGACGCCGAGGGGAAGCCCUUCCUGCACGUGUGGCUGAAGCCGCAGGAGAAGCCGCUGCAGCUGUUCGCCUGCGAGGCGGGCUGCAUGAACGAGCCGGUGGAGCUGAGCGCCGAGGUCAGAGGUCACACCUUCCCUGUCAUGGUGACACAGCCCGUCACGCCGCUGCUCUACAUCUCCACAGACCUGCGGCACCUGCAGGAACUCCGCCACACGCUGCACGUCAAGACCAUCGUGGCGCACCAGGAGCACAUGGCCAGCAGGGAGCGCGGCCUGCCCUUCCUCUUCUGGUUCAGUGUCUUCUCCCUCAUCACCCUCUUCCACCUCUUCCUCUUCAAACUCAUCUACAACGAGUACUGCGGCCCGGGCGCCAAGCCGCUGUUCCGCAGCAAGGUAUAG